AAAUGACCGAGAAGGCAAGCAACUAAAAUAAGAAAAGAAAAAAAAAAUUUCAAGCGCGCUGACCCAACUGUCCCAUCUUUAACCUCAAGUCAAUCAUGGAAGACGAUCUAUUUUAUCUUGAGCCCGAUUUUAUGCCAUCCACUCUGAGAGCAGUGGAUCUGCGCUCAUUGCUUUUACAGCACAAUGUCGCGUACCCAAUGCGCGCUACUAAGCCAGAACUUGUUGAGAUUUUUAAGGAGCAAGUCAUUGCAAAUGCUUCCGAGAUACUGAAAAACAGCAAGAAAACGAAUUCACGCUCUGCGUUCUCUCAAGGGAUUCAAGAUGUCGACGAUACAUGGAGCUCUGGAGAUGAAGCGCCAGUCAAUCUAAUCAAGUCGAAAGAGGAAAUCUCGAGAGCCCAAGUGAAAUCACCAAGGCGGUCUGUUGUCAAAGAAGUUACUUCGACAUCACCAAAGCGUACUAGGAAGCCAAAGAAACUUCAGCUGACAGAAACGCCGAAGGAUCAUGAAGUAAUUGCUAAGCCUGAAGAACCAGAGCAACCAUCUCAGCAUGUCGAAGAACCAGCGACUGGUGAAACUGGUGAUGUAGCGACACAAGAAGAGGAUAAAGAAAGUAAGACCAUCGAAAUGGUCGAAAAGGAUACGUUCGUCAAGCCAACAAAGCCUGCACCACGAAAGAUUAAGGCAAGAAAACCUCGUGCAGACCGAUCAUGGAUCAAACCAAAAGCAGUGCAUUCAGGACUCACAUCGGAUUCGGACUCUGACUUUGGUGAUCGGCAAAAAAGCGGUGACAAGUCAGCUGUGGUGGAAAGCAGCUCUCAGUUUCCAAAUUUUAUGGAUAAGAGCCUACUUGCAUCACCAGAGACCGACAACGCAGUUGUUGACACCGCUGUGCUCAGUCAAAAUCAGAGUGUAGGCGAGCCCAUGACUCCUGAGAGUGAGAAGGAACACAUGUUCUCGUCAUCUACGGCCGAGCAGCCGCGAAGGUCUCUCAGAAUCCGACGAGCAAACAGUAAAGAUGUUAAUACUUUAGAAAAUCAAUCAGACGACUUAAAUGUUGAACAGAAUGAAAAAGAAGCGGAACAUGGAGAGGCAUCGGCCGUCAGCUCAUCACUGUAUCCGGAAACUGUGACCACUAUUUUUGAGGAAGUUGUCACAGAGGUUGAGGCCGAUGACGAAGCAGAACCUUCGGCGAUUGCUCUGGCGAAAGGCAAACAACGAGCGAAAAAAAUGAAGCAGAAGAGAGUGAAAAAGCCAUCGCCGCGCUUAUGCCAGUUGCUUGCGUUCAUCUUAACAAUGAGCGCCUUCUGGUACUUUAUAUCUCAAAUGACUUUACCGAAAGGAAACUAGUGUCAAACAUGCCAUACUUAAACACAGAUAAUCUAUGAAUAUUUCAACCUGUGAACCGGUUUAUCCGAGUUUUUACGUUUGUACAAAUUGCUAGUAACAUAUUGACCAUAGUGUGCAAAAAUAGAAUUUUGAAUUAACGAGCGAGGGAAUUAGCUG